GAGUCUUUGAUCAUUUCCCCUAAAACGAAAAAAACAAUUAAGGUUCUUUUUUUUUUUUGAAAAAGAAAAAUUUGCAAUUAAGGUUUCUUUUUGGAGAUCAGUUUACGAAGAUGAAGAAGAGGCAAGUCGUGAUAAAACAAAGAAAAAACUCAUGCACUACGACUUCUUCUUCGAGCAAGGUCCGUUACGUUGAGUGCCAGAAGAAUCACGCAGCUAAUAUCGGUGGCUACGCCGUUGACGGUUGCCGUGAGUUUAUGGCAAGCGGCGGCGAAGGAACCAAUGAUGCUUUGACGUGCGCUGCUUGUGGCUGUCACCGGAAUUUUCAUAGGAGGGAAGUUGAAACGGAGGUUGUUUGCGCGUAUUCUCCUCCGAACUGAAUAAACUAAUUAGUAAGAUGUUAAAAAGGAAGGAAAAACAAGAAAGGUUAUUGCUGACUUCAGUUAAAACAAAAACUACUUUGGAGUUGCUUUGUUAAGUUUUAUAUAAGAAAUAUAUA